GUCAUUGGAAAGCUCUUUCGACAGGUGAAGGAUGUGGAAGAAUAUUCAAGUUCGAUAAAAUCCUUCACUAAGGAAGUAGCUAGUGAGUGUUACGACCCUGACAUGGAGGUGGAAGGAUUUGAGGAUUUCGUCGAGGAAGCUUUUGAACUCAAAUCCAAUUACGACAACAAGUUGGGAAAUCUCAUGGAUUACUAUGGAAUCAAGACUGAAGCUGAAUUGCUCAGUGGCAAUGUCCUCACAAAGUCGAGGCAUUUUGACAAGAAAAGAGACUUGGAAUCAGCAAAUUAUGCAGUAAAGGCACUGAUCAAAGAAGCUAGGACUUGGUUCAACAAUCAGGGAGAUGAAGCAGCGAAUGGAGGUGAUGAUGCAUACGCAAAGAAAGCGUCUGCUUGGUACCAUGUUACUUAUCAUCCUCAUUACUGGGGCCGCUACAAUAAGGACAUGGGCAGAGACCAUUUCCUAAGCUUCGCUUGGUGUGUUUACGACAAACUUGUCAUGAUCAAGAGGGACAAUGCAAGCAUGAAAAGAUCUGUGCACAUGUCAUCACUGGUGAAAGACUUCAGCUCU